UUGGUGGAGAAGGAUGCAAUGUCUCUUCUCCCAACUCCCUCAACAACAAUAACAACAACGUUGGCAUAUACACUUCUUCGUCAUCCAUUCCCAACCCUCCUUGAAACCCAACAAUCCCACGCUCACCUUCUCAAAACCGGCCUCCUCGUCCUCUCCCUCCACACCUCCACCAAGCUCCUCUCCCUCUACUCCUCCUCCUUCCACCUCUUCUCUGACGCCAUCUCUCUCCUCUCCUCCCUCCCCUCCCCGGACUCCUUUUCCUUCUCCACCCUCAUCUCCUCCCUCUCCCACUCCCAACUCUUCUCCUCCUCCCUCCUCCUCUUCCGCCGCAUGCUCUCCUCCGGCCUCCCUCCUGACCCCUUCGUCCUCCCCACAGCCGUCAAGGCCUCCUCCUCCCUCUCUUCCCUCCCUCUCGGCCGCCAGCUCCACGCCCUGUCCAUCUCCUCCGGCCACUCCUCCCACCCCUUCGUGCACUCCUCUCUCAUCCAUAUGUACCUCACAUGCAACCGCAUUCCCGACGCUCGUCUCCUGUUCGACGCUAUGCCUCACAGAAAUCUCGUCUCUUGGAGCUCCAUGAUCUCUGGCUACGCCAAACUCGGCCGCGUCCACGACGCACGCCACAUGUUUGAUCAAAUGCGUCACUCGGGUCUUGAGCCGAAUUCCAUCACUUGGAAUGGUAUGAUCACUGGGUUCAAUCACAGCAGUUGUUUUCUUGACUCUUUGUUUGUGUUCUCCGAUAUGCAUUCUCAGGGGUUUGGCCCUGAUGGGACUAGUUUUUCGAGUGUUCUUUCGGCUGCUGGUGAUGUCGAGAAUGUUUGUUUCGGGAAGCAGAUACAUUGUUAUGUGAUCAAAGCCGGGUUUGUUAUCGAUGAGUGUGUUGUUAGUGCGAUGAUUGAUAUGUAUGGUAAGUGUGGUUAUGCCAAAGAGAUGGUUCAAGUGCUUGAUGAGUUUGAUGGGAUGGAUGUGGCUUCGUGCAAUGCCGUGGUUGCAGGGCUAUCGAGGAAUGGGCUUGUGGAGGAUGCUUUAAGGGAAUUCAGGAGAUUCGAAGGGAUGGGGAUUAAACUAAAUGUUGUUUCUUGGACAUCGAUAAUAGCUUGUUGCUCGCAGAAUGGUAAGGAUAUGGAGGCAUUGGAGCUUUUCAGAGAGAUGCAGAUGGCUGGGGUUGAAGCCAAUUCAGUGACUAUCCCCUGCUUAUUGCCUGCUUGUGCAAACAUUGCGGCAUUGAUGCAUGGGAAGUCUGCCCACUGCUUCACUCUCCGGAGGGCGAUUUCUGAAGAUGUGUAUGUGGCUAGUGCAUUAGUUGAUAUGUACGCAAAAUGCGGUCGAAUCAAUAAUGCGAGAAGCAUUUUCGAUGUGAUGCCAUCGAGGAAUCUGGUUUCAUGGAACACAAUGUUGGGAGGGUAUUCGAUGCAUGGGAAGGCAAAGGAUGCUAUGGAAUUGUUUCAUUUGAUGCAGAGGAGCGGGCAGAAGCCCGAUUUCAUAAGCUUCACUUGUGUGCUUGCAGCUUGUAGCCAGGCUGGUCUUGUGGAGAUGGGGUGGUACUAUUUCAACAAAAUGAGCCGAGAACAUGGAAUUGGUGCUCGAAUGGAGCACUAUGCUUGUAUGGUUAGCCUGCUCGGGAGAGCAGGCAAGCUUGAGGAGGCAUAUGAGUUGAUAAAAGAGAUGGCUUUCGAGCCAGAUGCUUGUGUUUGGGGAGCCUUGCUUAGUUCUAGCAGAGUUCAUGGAAAUGUGAUGUUAGGUGAGAUUGCAGCAGAGAAGUUAUUCGAAUUGGAGCCCGGGAAUGCUGGGAACUAUGUGUUGCUAUCGAACAUCUACGCGAACAAGGGCAUUUGGGACGAGGUUGACAGAGUGAGGGAUACAAUGAAGGGCAUGGGCUUGAAGAAAAACCCGGGUUGCAGUUGGAUAGAGAUAAAGAACAAGGUGCACAUGCUACUGGCCGGAGAUAAAACUCAUCCUCAGUUGAGCAAAAUUUUAGAGAAACUGGAACAGUUGAGUGCGGAGAUGAAGAAAUUGGGAUGCAAUCCGAGCACUGACUUUGUGUUGCAUAACGUUGAGGAGCAAGACAAGGAGCAGAUGUUGUGUGGGCAUAGCGAAAAACUGGCAAUGGCAUUAGGACUUAUAAAUACAAGUCCGAGAACACCCCUCAGAGUUAUCAAGAACCUUCGAAUAUGCGGUGAUUGCCAUGCAGUCAUGAAGUUUGUAUCAAAGUUUGAAGGCAGAGAGCUUUUUGUUCGAGAUACGAAUCGAUUUCAUCACUUUAGAGAUGGUGAGUGUUCUUGUAGAGAUUAUUGGUGAGCAUGAUCUUCAAGUGUUCAUUCAUUCAAAUGGAGUUCUUCUAUGAGGCAUUAUUUGGCUUGUUACAUGCCAUUAGACAGAGGAACACUUUGGUGACUGUAUAAUGGAGACUUGUGGUCUUUGAUGAUCAGCAAGGACUCAAGGAGUGAUCUAUUUAGCAAGGCCAAGCCCUGGCAUUUGGCUAACAACAGUCAGGAAUCUGCAUAGCAGAUGGCUUCAAGAACCACCUGCUAAAUUUUUAUGAAAAUACUACCCAAGAAUAUUGCUCCUGUCAUUCACACAAAACACUAUGCCGAAUUCAUUAAAAGAUGAUAGUGUGUAUACAACACUGACCUCGUAAACCUGACAAACCAAUAAACUUAUCUGAGCCAUAUCUACAACUCAAUAUCUGGCUUUCAGGGCAAAAAAAAAAA